CCCUCGAUUGUGGAAUCGCUGACGAGCAACGACAUGGUCGUCCGGGAAGGAACCAACGUGACGUUGACGUGCAAGGCGAAGGGAUUCCCCGAACCGUACGUCAUGUGGCGCCGGGAGGAUGGUGACGAGAUGCCCAUCGGUGGCGAGAAUGUGAAUGUGGUCGACGGAGAGAUGCUUCACAUCACCAGGGUCAGCAGGUUGCACAUGACGGCGUAUCUGUGCGUGGCGUCCAACGGAGUGCCGCCGUCCAUCAGCAAACGGGUGCAUCUGAGGGUGCAAUUUCCCCCGAUGCUGUCCAUCCCGAGUCAGCUGGAAGGUGCCUACCUCGGUCAGGACGUAAUCCUCGAGUGCCACACGGAAGCGUACCCGGCCUCCAUCAAUUACUGGACGACGGAACGGGGUGAUAUGAUAAUUUCCGAUACCUCCCGGACGGGCGAUAAGUUCGAAACCUUGUCCAGAAACAGCGGCUACACCAAGUACAUGCAGCUGAAAAUUAGGACCGUCGGCCCAUCGGACUUCGGCUCGUAUCGAUGUGUGGCGAAAAACUCAUUAGGCGAAACGGAUGGGAUGAUCAAGCUGGAUGAAAUACCAGCGCCUACGACAAUAUUGACAACCGAAUCACUUUAUAACAAUCGAUCAAAAGGUCGGAAAGCAAACAAAAAGCCGGAUUACGGCGUCGAGGAAUGGAAGGAUAAUGGUCCCUCGAUACGACAUCCCCCGGGGGCAUUUCACAACGCGGCGGGAAGCAGUCCAUUCACCGUUCCCAGCCAGUCCAGCACGAUGUUGUUGCUGUUGCUGCUGCUGCUCCUGUUGCUCCCAUCGAUAGCGUUACAAGCGCCUCUGAGCCGAAUCAACAGAUGAAACUGAACUCACAACUGCCAUCCACCAGCACCACCACAACCACCAGUAGGAGUAGCCUCACAGCCCAGCAGAAUCAUCAUCAUCAUCAGCCUACCCCUUUCGGUGUUUGUCAUGAACGACAGCAACUCAGCCACGGAGCAGAACCCCCGAGGGGUCCUGUCAAGCAAAGCACUCAACAAACGCGCUGAGCCCACAUACACUCACACAUUGUAGUAUGGGUAUAUGGCUUAUGUGAGAGGUAAGUUUAUUAGCUAACUAAGUGAGAGACAUUGUUUGUAUACAAACGCAAAAAGUAAGGAUAGUAGCUAUUAGAACAAUUUCUAUACAAAGAAUAGAACAAAUGCAGAGUGACAAAGGAAAAUAUGCGUAUAUUAUAAAGAGAAAAAUAAACAUACACACACACACUAGCUAAGAGCUAGUGAGGAAUAUAUAAGUUAGAUUGUUUGUAGUGAAACCGAAAAAGAAUAUGGAACUCAAACAAAAAAUCAUCAGUUUAUAGCAGGAAACUAUUUCUUUUCUGUAAAUAAAAUAGCGUUGCUUAAAGAUGCUUUGAUCAUUCUCAGAAAAUAUCAGAACUACGAUUCCACGGUUGUUUCGACAUUUUUGUGGAAACUAUUCAUCACAGUACUGGAGGGAAGAGCGAACAGUGUUCACAACUUUCUCCAAGUACUGACGUAAUGAGGUUUAGAAUCCUACCAUAACCACGCGUCGUCGGUAAGUUGACAACUGUCUC